UUGACAGCGUGUGGACUAAUAAAACGGCUGGGGGUAAUCGCACGCAUCCGACGUAUAUGGUGAAUCCGCAAUAUCACCUGCGGGUGCACAAUACUAGUACAAGUAUCGACAAACGGUCCAGCACAAGUACAUGUGUUGGCAGACGCAACAAGACACAAGUCAUACUCACCACGCGGAGCACUAGGGAUAUCUCGCUGAACGUCACAGCAGUGGGGUCGCAGGGCGAGCGUAUAUCAGAACUAAGUCAGAAAGAAGUGGUGGCUCAUUCUGGGCCUCAUACAUAUGGGCAUGCGCGUAUUGCCGCUUAUCUUGCUCGUACGUCGACCUUUUACCUCGAGGGAAACGCGGCUUAUUUUCUUCAUCUUGCAAAUUCAUCUUGCAAAGCUGGCGACUACACGGUCAUAUUAUUAGCUUAUGGACCGGACCAGAUGGGAAAUUCACGGAAUCAAAACGUUUUGACUUAGACAUCUACUUGUAAAGAUGUGAUCCAGCAAAGCUUACGCGAGGGAGAGCUUGUCACAGUGGCUCGUGGAGCAAGAUACUGAAAUUUAUCUACUUCAUAAUAACCAGGGGUGCCAGCCGUUAACUUACUCGGACACCGU